AUGGAAGCAGAAGUGAAAAAAUUGAAAUUGAAUGCUGAUAAUUUGGCUGUAUGUUUACAUUCCCUUCUUAAGCGUAUCGAACAACUUGAAGGAUCAGCAGGUCACGACAAAAGCAAUGGAACUGCAUCAGACAUUAAUAUAAGUCCAUCGAAAAGCAUUGAUGAGGCUUUAGGCGCACUUCUUGCUGAAGAGACUGAAUCAGCAGUUAAUGGACCUAAAUCUGAUGUAAAGAUCAUUUGCAAUGAGACGGUAUCGAUCGAUCCGGAUACAGGCUUGAAAAAACGCACAAAAGUUACGGAGCGAAUUCUCACUACCAAGACUUUCCAUGCAAUAGCUGUAAAUGAUGGUGAAACACAUGACUGUAAUUAUAUUUCAUUUUCAACGAAUGAACCUCGUUUUAUCACGCUGAAGAGUAAUCCUUUCAAUGAUAUUCGUUAUCAUCGUCAGGAUGGCGCAUUUUUCAUUACCGAAGUAAAGCCUGCUUCAUCAUAUGCUAAGGACCUUCAUUGUGGCGAUGCAGUUGUUGAAAUAAAUGGCCAACCAUCUUAUACGAUAAGAAAUUUGAAUUCACUUCAUGGUGAACUUAAAUUAAAAGUAGUUUCAAUACCCAUUCAUCAAGCACCAUCGAUUUUUUACCGAGCAAUUUUUGAUUAUGAUCCUAACAAUGAUUCAUAUAUUCCACAAAAAUGGUCUGGCCUAGCACUCAAGAAAGGAGAAGUCAUUCAAGUUAUGAGCCAAGAUGAUAAAUGGAUGCAGGCACGAAAAGUUAAUAGUGUAGACAAAGUUGGUUUGGUACCCAUUAAUUUUGCAAGUGAACGAGUUGCGAUGCUAACUCCAUAUGGAAGACGUGUUCUCAUUCUGCUUGGUGCACCAGGUGUUGGCCGUCGUACGUUAAAAUCGAUGCUUCUAUCUUAUAUGCCUCAAUAUUUUGCCACCGUUACACCACUUACUUCUCGUGCACCAAAACCUAAAGAAGAAGAGGGUCGCGAAUAUUAUUUUCGUACUAAAGCUGAAAUUCUUAAUAAAAUUCGUGCUGGAGAAAUGGUUGAAUGGGGUGAACUUGAUAAUCAGUUGUAUGGAACUAGUGCGGAUACGAUACGUGAUUGCAUAAGGGGAGGAAGAAUGUGCGUUCUGGACUGUGCGCCACAGGCACUUCGUUAUCUCUAUAACAAAGAAUUUAUGCCCUUUGUCGUCGUUAUAUCUCCACCAGAUCUUACUGAUCAGUGGCAGAUUAAUAAAGCGAAGCCGAAUCCUCGCACCGAAGAACAACUACAAAUGACAAUCGAGGAAAACAAAUUACUUCUGUCCAGUGAAUAUGCCAAAAUGUUCCAUCUAAUUCUUCCUAAUAGAAAUAUUGAUAUCACUUUCAGAAGGUUAAUUGAUGCUUUAAAUCAACUAAAAUCGGAAAUACAAUGGGUGCCAGAAGUUUGGCUAUCCCGCUAG